AUGUCAUCCUCAGGCGUUCUGGAACAGCUAGACUGUUCCGAUCUAAGGCAAUUGAAGUUGAUUUUGCAAAAUAAUUUGCUAAACUACGAAAUUGCUUGCCGCACUGUUCAAAACUAUAUCGUGUGGCUUGACAAGGAACCUGAUUUAUCGGAAGAGGUGAAUAUUUUUAGUUUAAACAAAAAUUGGGAGAGUGAUGGAACGUUCAUAAUUCUGGAUUCCAUACAUUUGUACAUUCAUGCAUACAGCUUUUACGAUAACUUCGAUUCGUUGAAACAAUCACUGCUUUUACUGGAUUGGAGUCAUAGUUAUACUGUUUGUAUGCUUUCAACUAAAUUCAAGGAAAUCAUCUUGGACACUUUUCAUGAUCUCGGAAUACAAAUCGCACUAUUUACUGAUGAUUUCAUCUACCACCUACCGAAAGAAGUGGCAAUGAAAAUACAAAUCGAUGUUCCCACCGGAUUCCGUUUAGCUGCACUCGAAUCGCAUCACGCUGCCCAGAUUGACCGCAACUGGGAACAUCGAACUACGGGGACAGAGGCUUUCAUUCGACGACUGAUCGCUUACAAUGCAACGAUCGGUCUACUCAUCGAGUCUACCGAUCAGCUGAUCGGCUGGUGUUUGCAAUCAUGCUGCGGUGAAAUGGCUCUACUUCAUGUAGACCCCGAAUUUCGACGGCAAGGCUUUGGCUCGCUGCUGAUCAAAGCUUGCGCUAGACGCCUUGCAACCGAAGGUCAACCAGUCUACGCCAAUAUUACCUCGUCUAACGAGCCAUCCCAGAAACUAUUUCUGAGUGUUGGAUUUUUGCCACGGGAACGCGUUCAUUGGGUGGUUAAUGAAGCGAAAAAGAGUUAA